AUGCGUUUCUGCAGGCCGGAUUUGCCGGCAACUGCGCUGAGUCUCCUUACGCUUGCGUCCUGCUCCUGGGCAGAUUCGUUCGAUUACGUCGUCGUGGGCGCUGGGACAAGUGGUCUUGUAAUUGCGAACCGACUUUCAGAGAACCCUCAUGUCACUGUUGCUGUGAUUGAUCCAGGUCCGGAUGAGAGAGACAAUCCCGCCGUCAGGAAUCCAGCGAUAUGGCCAGUUUUGCUUCAGACUCCGGUCAAUUGGGCCUAUCAGACCGUCCCGCAGGCAAACGCGUCAAACCGCGUUAUCGAGUUCGACGCAGGCAGAGGCAUUGGGGGGACCAGUCUGAUCAACGGCAUGACGUACAUUCGUGGCGACAAGGCGCAGUUCGACGCUUGGGAGCGGCUCGGAAAUACCGGUUGGAAUUGGGACAUUCUCCUACACCACUACAAGAAGGUGGAAAGGCUCUUCGCGCCUUCACCUUGGCAAGCGGAAGUAGGCGCAUCGGCUCAAAGGCAGUUUCAUGGCGACGCCGGCGAGGUUCGCGUCGGGUUCACACCGGCACUUCAAAAUGGUUCGUUCUACGAUGAUUGCAAGGCGUCGUGGGAAAAGCUCGGCCAGGCCGUCAACGAUGAUGUCAACAGCGGUACAACUCGAGGCUUUGAUGUUUGGCCGCAGACUCUGGACCCCGAACAAAACCUGAGGUGGGAUGCCGCGAGGGCGUUCUUCUGGCCUGUUGCCGGCAGGAAGAACUUGCACUUGCUUAACGGCACAGCGUCUCGAAUUCUUUGGAGGUCAGAUGUCCGCGACCAUGCUCAGGCUCGAGUGUCUGGAGUCGAAUACUUGGCAAGCCCCGAUGGCAAGCGCACAACAGUGAAAAUCGACAAGGAGGUCAUUCUCUCUGCUGGCGCAUUACGGACUCCGCUCAUACUAGAGAGGUCGGGCGUCGGCAACCCAGCAUUUCUGAAGACCAAGGGCAUCAAGUCGGUAGUGGAUCUGCCGGGCGUCGGCGAGAAUCUCAUUGACCAACCUAACAUCUCCCUCGCUUACGCAAGCAAGCCGAAUCGCACCGGAACGAGCCCAUAUGCCACGUUCGUUACGGCAAGGGACCUGUUCGGCAACAAGACGGGGCAUCUUUAG